GUCCCCCUGCACCCACUCCGGCUUUUGGGGUACUGGAGACCCCCAGCACUGGUCCCUGCUCUCGCACAGUCUCAACUGAUUGAGGAGGAGCAGGACGAUGUGGUGUCCCUGGCCGCCUCCAUGGAGGAAGGAGAAUUCGAAGGGAGAAUGGAGGACCACUCCUGUUUAGAGGGCUCCCCGUCUGAGAUCUAUAUGGCUCCUAACGGUCCGCUGGCGGAUGAGCUGGCAGCCCUUGGCAGUCCACCUGCCAGGGGUUUCAAACCAGGCAGCAGACCUGCUGUCGAGGGGGUUCCUCAGCAUGCCGAGUGGCGCCUGCAUCCCCAGGUGAGAGGUGGGGGCCCUCUGGGAAUCAAUGCCCUAGCCCACAGCUGGCCUCAGGGCUUGCUGUAUGCCUUCCCCCCAGCGUUGAUCCCGUCCUUCUUGGAGAAGUUUCUACAGGACCUCCUAGAGGAGGGUAAAUCCCCCUCUACGUUGAAGGUGUACCUGGCUGCUAUAUCUGUCUCAAUCAUGGCGACAGACAACCCAGUUAUUGGUGUGUUAUGGGUCGCGCACUCAAGGUUGCUGGAUGGAGAAAGCUUAGUGGGGAGGCAAGCUGAAGAUCAGGCAGUGACAGCGACUAUCGGACCUCCUGCUGAAGCCUGGAAGAAUCUAAUUGCACAGAGAACAGGGGUGCUGUACCAGGAGUACGGUACUCAGUUCUGUCUGCAGGAGAUCCAGCGCCGAAGGCAGUGUGACGCUGAGUCAGACGGAGAGCCCGCUGUGAGGGACCCUGCCCUGCCGCUGCAGCUCUGCAGGGACUCCCCCUCCAGCACCAUGAAGCUGUGGCAGAACCGGGAGGCUGUGAGGAGCAGCGGGGUGCUGAGUGUGCUGAGCACAGAGAAGUGCCAGCAUCAGGAGGCCAUGUUCGAGCUGGUCACCUCCGAAACCUCGUACUACAAGAGUCUGGAGCUGCUGGUGACACACUUCCAGGAGAACCGCCAGCUCAUACAGAGCCUGAGCCAAUCAGAAGCCCACUUCAUCUUCUCCAACAUCCGCGACGUCAAGGACGUCAGCGAGAGGUUCCUGUUGGAUCUGGAGCGCAGGGUGGAAGAGAAUGUCAUCAUCUCGGACGUGUGCGACAUCGUUUCCUGGCACGCCAGUCAGCACUUCCACGAGUUUGUGACCUACGUGUCAAACCAGACAUACCAGCAGCGCGCCUACCGCAGGAUAUUAAAGGAAAAUGAGAGUUUCCGAGAGGUGAUGUCUGGUCUGGAACAGGCCCCGCAGUGUAAGGGCCUCCCGUUCACCUCCUUCCUCAUCCUGCCCUUCCAGAGGAUCACUCGACUCAAACUGCUGGUUCAGAACAUCCUGAAGAAAGUGGAGGAGGGGUCAGAGGAAGAGGCCAGCGCUGUGAUGGCACACAAACACCUGGAAAAGGUGGUCAGGGACUGCAAUGAGGGGGUGAGGAAGAUGAGCCGCACCGAGGAGCUGAUCAGCAUCGAGAAGACUCUGGAGUUCAAAUGCAAGUCUGUGCCGGUGAUCUCACACUCACGUUGGCUGCUGAAGAGAGGGGAGCUGCAGCUGAUGUCUGGACCCAAGAGCACCCGGACCCUCCGCAGCAGAAAGCUCUUCCAGCCCCUCUACCUUUUCCUGUUCAACAACCUGCUGCUGGUCACGCGCAGGAGCUCCAGUUUAGAGAAGUUCUACGUGCUGGACUCGGCUCUGCGCUCCAUGCUGAGGACUGAAGAGCAGCAGGACCAGGGCAAGGCUCUCUCCAACAUCUUCUCCCUGUGCCUGCUGGAGAACCAGGAGGAGCGCACCGUCAACUACAUGCUGAAGGCCUGCAGCCCGAGUGACAAGAAGCGUUGGAUUAGUGCUCUCACCCCCAACCCAAGAACCAAAUUCCUCUCUGCAAAAACACAUCAGUCUGACUCUCCACAGGUGCAAUGUGUUCACCUCUAUGUGUCUCAAGAGCCUGAUGAGCUGUCUCUGGACCUGGCUGAUGUGCUCAAUGUUGUGGAGCAGACCGAGGAUGGCUGGAUGCUCGGGGAGAGGCUGCAUGAUCGGGAGAAGGGCUGGUUCCCCUGCAAGGUGGUGGAGGAGAUCCAUAACCAGGAGCUGAGGGCUCAGAACCUGCGGGAGUGCCACCGCAUCUACCGGGCCCAGGAGAGCCGGCCACGCAGCAACCACAGACUGGGGUCCAGAGCACGCCACAGCAGGGUAGCACCCAGCUGAACUCUCACACCGGGAGAGACAGAGACACAGACAGUAUUUAACAGCGAUAGAAAUUCAGGUGAAACUAUCCUGUUCACAGAGUGACCGCAGUAAGAAGCUGUGAACAAACAGAAGCACAUGUAAACAACAGCAUGCAAACAGCAGAAAACUACAAGACUCCAGCAACUGAACUGCAGCACCUCUUUCCUGCCCUCAGAGCUCCUCUGAGAACAGAGAGCAUUUUGAAUUCCAAGGAAGCCAGACCAGAAUGUAUUGGUGAAAUGUAAAGUGUCUUCUGUCAUUUAAUUAUUGAUAAACUACAGAACCAUUAGAUUGAAACUUGCAUCCCAAUUGGCUAAUCAGGGUCACAUGUUCAAUAGUCGAGCAGUCAAAAGUGCCCUUUGACUGCACAAUAAACAAAAUAGUGGACAGCCACAGCACCACAGAUUUCUCUGAUUAAUAAUUUCUAAUAAAUACGAGUUAAAUAACAGAUACUGACUGUAAUUGUGUACUAUAAACCUCAACUCCAGUCAAUAUGUAAAUACUGUUGUGCAGCACUUGGUUUAUUUUUAUCAAUCCGCUUUACAACAUGAAUUGGUGACAGUAGCCAGCCUUCCCUGGACUUGGAGAAACACACAGAGCAGCGAGAUUAAGCUGGGAACUGCAUGGGCUUUGCUUUCCAAGCGGUCUCCUGUGGGUUCGCAACCUUUGCGGGGUCUAAAUUGAUGUAAGAGCUUGUUUCUAAAUGUUUGUCUUCCCAGACUGCAUGAGACACAAACCAUUUUAUGUGUUCAAUCAAGUGAACAAAAUGACCACUUUCAAUUUUGUAAGAAAAAGAUGUAUAUUUUAUGUGCAAAAUGAUAUUUACAUUAUUUUAAUAAUCCUUACAAAUUGUCA